GAUACGACCACCCAUGACACCGUGGGCGCGUCCACCCUCGCGACCCCUCUCUUCAUGCCCUCGUCUCCUCCCUCCCGUCGUCACAAUGCGCAGAGUUACUCCCCCCUCAGCGCGAAGAGCCCUCGUACCAUUGAUCGCGGUGCGACCAUGACCCACGGCGAAGAAGCCCGUUCCCCGCUGAAACAGAGUUACUCGCCGCGGUCCUCCCGGGCCUCGUCGCUCGAGCGCGCCGCGAACGAUAUCGACGCCCGCCUGGCGCAAUACACCGUCGACUUCAGCCAAUUCCCCAGUACACAAGCCCUGGAUGAGGAUGCAGACCCUUUGGCGGAGUUCAAGUUCCCGCAUGAAGAGAACUUGUCAGACGUCGGAGGGCCGGAUGAUUUCACUGCGAACUUGGAGAAGUAUCUGAUGGGGGAUGGAGACACCAUGGAGGACAAGCACUUCAUGGACUUUCGGGGCGAUGCACAUUCUUUGCCGGAGCUGGAACCCCUGUUUGAUGAUGAUGACCUGGAGGAGCAGGGACACGACCUACACCAUUCGGAAGAGGAAGACCACGAUUCCCAGCCUCCGCUACCCGAGUCUCCUGCCCAACCGCGAGGCCACAGCAGGCACAAUAGCCAACAGAUGCAGCAGCAGCAGCAGCAACAGCAGCAACAGCGUCAACAGAACUCUCAGUCGCAUCAACCUGCUGUCGAAGAUGAGCCCGAGCCCGAACCCGAACCCGAGCUCGGUGAAUACAGUGAAUUCGGCCCGCCGAUCGACAUGUCUACACCUUCGCAAUUUUUGCGUCGUGCCAGUGGUUUCAAUAGGGAUAUCACUCAUUUAGAGAACAUCGAGGAAGAUCCAGACGACGAAAUGGAAGCAACUACGACCACACCGUCAGUGCGGAGACACAAGACCCCUUCUCCCCGCAAGGGAGACCAAGGCGCGACCGGAGAUCUGCGCAAACAAAUUUUUGAUCUUCAAAAUGCACUUCAAGAGCGUGAUGAGCAGCUGGAGAAGGGCCGCCGGCGCGUUCUGGAGGCUGCGUCUGCUGGCCAACAGAUCAAACACCUUCAGGCUGAAUUACAGAGGAAGUCAUCCCUGUUAGACGAGCUCUACGCCAAUCGCACCGACGAAACUAUCUUGCGUGAGAAAAUUCACUUGCUCCAGAAACACAACGAAGAGAGGGAGACCUUCUUGCACAAAUCCACCAUCAAUGCCUCCGAGCUAAAUGCUCUUCAGAAGCAGAUUAGCGAUAUGCAGAAGGAGCUGCAGACUCGCGGAUCGUCGCACCCGGACCUCGACGCGGAGCGACUCGAUACCAUCGCAUACCUGCGCCAGCAAUUGAAUCUGGCGCAGGAACAGCUGCAGAAGCGCGAUGCAACCCUGGACGAGACAAUCGCAAAGCUCAAGGACGUCACCACCGCCAAAGAGCAACAGCUUCGGGAAAAAAACACCGAGAUUGAUGAACUAAAGGCUCAAAUCAGCAAGCACCUGCUGGAGGUGGAGAAGUUAGAGAAUGAGCUCGAUACCGUCAAUCAAGCCUACACUACACUUGAAGAGCGUAUCAUCAUUCUCGAAACGAAAAAUCGCCCCCUAGAAGAGAAGAACAGCUCUCUCGAGGCCGAUCUCACCCGUGCGCAGUCCCAGGUCACCGCGCAAGAGAACGCACUCAAAGCCAUGGCCGCCGACCUUCCCCUUGAAACCGGCGGUAACACCUAUUCAGAAAUCUUGGAAUUGAUCAAAGACCUUGGUCAACCCAGCCAGGGAACCCAUAACUCCAACACUCGUCCGUCAGCAAAGGACCAGGAACGUCCGGUACAAGACCAAGACCAGAAUCAAAACCAGCCGGCGCACGAAGAACUCAAACGUCUGCAAGACGAACUCUCCAAAGUGCAGUCCGAACUCACCCAGGCCAACUCCGCCAAGAAGACCCUCGAACUGCAACUCUCGCGCUCUGAAGAUCAAGCCGUCGAAGCCCAAACCCUCAUCCACUCCAUCGAAACCGAAAGCACUCGCCUCAGCAAACGCGCCGACGACCUGCGCUCGAAUCUCACCAAAACCCAGCAGGAGCUUACUCAGGUGAAAGAGGAGCGCACCAAGGCUCUGGAAACCAUUGAGCGCCUGCACAAGGAACAACAGCAACAACAAGACGGGAAGAAACAAACUCGACAGCAGCAGCUACAAAACCAACAACCCAGCCCCCCUCCUUCCCCUCCCGUCCCGCACCAGCAGCAACCGCACCAGCACCAGCACCAGCAACUACAAACGCAAGUACAAGCACAACGUCAGAAGGAGAGAGAGAUUCUCGAACAAACUCAAUCUCUCCAGUCCGAACUCCGCACCCUCCGAGCCGCCCACGCCACGGAGGUCUCGAAACUCCGCGACCUCCUUUCCGGGACUGAGCACCGGGAAUCCCGGUACAAGACGCAGGUAACCUCGCUGCUCUCGCAGCGCGAGCGGCACCAGAGCGAGAACCGCGCCCUCCGCGCCAGGGUCGAGCACCUCGAGUCCGUGGUCGCGGCCAAGGAGGAGACCGCGGCCGCGGUGGACGAGCGCAUCGCGCGGUCCGUGGAGAAGCGCGAGAAAGAGUGGCAACGGCGCGUCGAGCUCUUGCUCAAGGAGCGGGAGCGCAUGGGCCGAGCGCUGAUGUGGUCGUGGGGGGAGAAGGAAGUCGGUGGUGCUGGUGGUGAUAGUGGGAAGGAGAAUCUGGCGGUGGUAGGGCAGGACGAGAAGGGGAGGCGGAAGCAGGGCUAUCGGUAUAAGUAUGCC